AUGGCGGGUAUGAUGGACGUCGAACGGACCCGGCCGCGGAGGGAGAGGACCUUUGUGGGUAGCGAAUGCGCAGUCUGUGAAGAGCCGUUGGAACAUACUCUUCGUGGAGAACGCAUCCUCCAGUUAUCAUGUGGCCACGUUUCUCAUGAAGCAUGCUUUUAUGAGUAUAUCAAAGAAUUCGAAUCGCAGUACUGUCCCACAUGCAGUGCGCCCCUGGGUUUGGAUAGUAAUCGAGGAGGAAACGUGCUUGAUUUAGCAAAACUCUCCAAUAUUGUUCGAUCUGUAUCUGUCAGCGAUGUGUCCAGCCGUAGAGGAAAUCAAAAUACUCCCACACCGUGGGAUAUCAAUGGUAACCGUGCGCAUGAAGACGACAUGGGCAGUCUGCAUUGCAGCCGGGACUCUCGCAGGCGUCAUAGUAGAGAUACCAGUAACCAGCGCGAGAGGGUCGAGCGUCUAACAAGCCCGUCAACACGGCAACCACAUUCGCGCUCGGACAGUGGUACCACCGGGGUUGCAUCUUCGGGCGACUAUGGAGACGGCCAGCACCACAGUACCGGGAGGCGGCAUGAUUACGACGUACAGGCCAUGGAAUCCGACCUUAGCCCGCGCCCGGGUGUCAUACGGAACCCGAUACCGGCCCCAAUUGUAACCGUGCGCAGCGAGUUCCCGACACUCAAUCGGUCACGGCAGCAGCAGUCCUUGACUUGCCUGGUGACUGUUGAGGUUCCUGAGGGCAACUGGCACCCUGACCUGGAGGAUUUACGUCAUACGGCACAUAUACCACCACCGCGCAAUGAGGAGAUUGUGAGUCCGCCGAUCAAGCAGCCUGCGCGACCGUUGCCGGUUCCUUAUGAGGCGCAAGAGGCCCUACAGGAGAUUUCAGAGGAGUUGCGCAUGCGCGUCGACAAUUGGCAUGGUCUGGAAUUCCAAAGGUUUGGAAAACUCAAACUACAUGGAACUGUUCGUGUUGGCAAGGAUCGGACGUCGUGGCAGGAGCUAGAAUGCUAUCUUUUCGCGGAGAUGCUUAUUUGCGUGAAGGAAAAGAAAAAUGGACAUAGUCAGUUUGAGGAUCCGAGGACCAAGCGAAAGAUGACCAGGUGUACGUUGAAGGGGUCUAUUCUUAUCAAGAAACAUUUGAAGGACGUGGAAUCCGUGCCAGAGGAACCCAUUUUGACUCUUAAUCUCUCCGUUGCGGAGCUCCCAUGUUUCCACCUCCAAUUCCAGAGUCGCAACCAGCUAGAGCUUUGGAGACGAGGUCUUCUUGAUCUCCACAAUCCCGAUUCAGCAGGAGGCCGGAACCCAGACUACGACGUGGAUACCUCCGGCACCGAGGAGGAUGAUUAUCGGACUCAUAAAACGAUCAAACGCGUCUCCUCCACCACCUCGUCAUAUGGGGCAUCAAAAUCCAACAACACCGCAUUGACAGAUUACACCAACUCGAUCAGGGACACUCUACUCCCAAGUUUCCACGUUCCUCUCGAUCUAGUCAUCGUCAUCCCGGUCUCGUCAUCCAUGCAGGGGCUUAAGAUCACCCUUCUCCGCGACGCUCUCAAAUUCCUAGUGCAGAAUCUCGGCCCGCGAGAUCGAAUGGGUCUCGUUACGUUCGGGUCUAGUGGUGGAGGUGUGCCGUUGGUCGGCAUGACGACAAAAGCCUGGAGCGGAUGGGGAACUAUUCUUAACUCGAUACGUCCGGUGGGGCAAAAGAGUCUUCGCGCAGACGUCGUUGAAGGGGCGAAUGUUGCCAUGGACCCUGCUGAUGCAGCGGAAAUCGAAUAA